AUGCUCGCAGAUGACGACGAAAUUUACAACUACCUGACAAAGUGUCGACAGCUCCUCAUGUUCGCCCUCACUGAGGAGGAACACUCGGAUCUUCGCGAGGUCAUGUUCCCCGCCCUGGCAGGUUGUGUCAAGCCUCGACCAGACAAGCUCCGUCAGCUCAUGCACCUCUACCACAACAUUGUCCUCGAGGUCUGCGACUGGAUGGUCUACUCCAAGGGCUACCCCCACAUCCUCAUCGAAAGCUACUACUCGUUCGACGCGUUCCUUCAGCGCGUUGACGCGGCCAUCAUCGACGAGUGCCACGGUGUCGAGCGCAUCUGGUCACGACGUGGGUCAAAGACCACGUCACUUGCCACCGUGCGCGAAGCUCGCGAAGCACCGAGCGAGCACAGCAUGGCAAGCACGCCCACCGCCAAGGAAACGAUUCCGCUUCCCAAGGGCCUAGUGAACCUCAACACUCCGCCCCUCACUUCCCCUGAGAGCGAGAAGCCCGCGUCGAUUCCUGAGACCACUCCACUUGCCCUAAUCCCAGAGCCCGAGCCAAAGCCUCUAGUAGCCAACAUCAUCAACCAGGUCCUGCCUAGUCCCACGACGCCAAGCACCCCGCCCAAGCUCAGCCAAGAGCUUCCCCCCGUCCCGCCUGCUUUGCAGAUGUCCAUGUUCGACGACGAGCCGUCAAUCUCUAUCCCCACACUCUCUCGCCCCCGUUCGUUGUCCAUGGCUGACCCCGUGUCGAUCAUGGUCACGCCCUCGAGCGCAACCCCCUCGUUUGCAUCUAACAAGACUCCGAAAUCCUCGCCCAUCGUCGGCGAAUUCAAGCACCACGACAAGCUUACUCCUUCAUUUCCCCCUCCCGCAUUCAUCUCCCGCCGCUCAGAGGCAAAGCCUGAGCGCCCCGACCUCCGUCACGAGGCACGGUCCGAAGCUAAGCCCGAGCGCGCCGAGCCCGAGCCACACUCGGUAUCCUCCUCCGUCUCUUCCUCUUCCAUCAGCUCGCCCCGCCUCCGUCCCAUGUCAUCGUCAGGCAGUCUCUCCCACCACUGGUGGCAACUCACCAACCGCUCCCGCCGAGCCUCUGCUCCCGUCAUGUGA